AUGUCUGGAUUCCCGACCCUUAAGCCCGCUUUCACCGUUACGGUCGAUAUCGCGCCGCCAGAAGUCCUUGCCAAUGUCUCCAAGAGUGGUGCUCCGCUCAACGUCGUGCCCAUGACUGCCGGCACUGUCAAGAGUGAGCCUGGCUUCGAACUAGCCCUUGAUGCUACCUUCAAUGGAACCGGCCAUGAUUUCAUUCGCCAGGACCCCUCUGGCAAGCAUCUUCGCCUGGACGUUCGGUCCACAGUCACAAACAAGGAUGGCGCUAUUAUCGCGCUCUACUACACUGGUGUGGUUGCCAUAACACCCGGCGUUGCUGCUGCCCUUAGCGGUGCUCCAGAUGCGAAGACUACAGACUAUGGUGACUCUUUCACACACUUCACAUUUGAGACCGGUGCAGAGCACCUUAAGGCCCUCGAGACGAGUGUUUUCGUUGGUGCUGGUCAUUUCAUUGUCGAGCCCGGCAAGCCCCUGGUUGUCCAAUACAAGGUCAGCCAGGUCAUCAAGGGUUAA